CUUCUCUUAUUAUUUUAUUUCUUGUAUUCUUUUGGCAGAUAUUCACAAUGCGCAGUCUUAUUAUACUGGCUUCUUUAUGCCAUCUUACCUCCUCACUAUCGAUCCCGGUUUACCCGAAGAAGAGGGAGGUUUCAGCUGGAUUUGCUAUUUAUAGCUGCACCCAACCAAACACUAUUGCUCUCACCUUCGAUGACGGCCCAUUCGUGUACACAGAUUCUGUACUCGAUCAGCUUGCUUCAGCUGGAAUGACGGCCACGUUCUUCCUCAAUGGCUACAACAUAGGGAAUAUUGUGGACUACCAAUCCACUGUCAACAGAAUGAUCGAAGAAGGACACCAGGUUGCAUCGCAUACCUACGGCCAUCCAGAUCUCGCAGGCCUAGGUGAUUUCGACGUUGAGCAGCAAAUGUCGCUCCUGAGCAAUGAGUUCAUCAAUAUCAUUGGCAAGUAUCCUGUUUACAUGCGUCCUCCCUAUUUUAGCUUCAAUGCCCGAACUCUUGGAGUUCUAGGUCAGUUGGGCUACAAGGUUAUUAUCGCUGAUAUCGACACCAACGAUUGGCAGUACUCGUCGUUUGGCGGUGCCGAACCCUCUCUAGCUUCAUACUACGCUGGGCUCAACGAUGGUGGAUCUAUUGUUCUUAUGCAUGACGUUCAUCAGAAUACUGUUCAGAAUAUCCUUCCUCGAAUUAUUCAAGCAACUCUUCAAAGUGGAAAGAGAGCUGUGACCGUGGGGGAAUGUCUUGGAGAUCCCGAGACAAACUGGUACCGAGGUGGAGCAACCCAAACACCAGAAUGGAAUGGCACCGACACGCAGGUCGUCCCCGUCAUCCAGACGCCUGCACCUGAGAGAGCGGUUGUAUGGGAAUAAUUGUGUUUCAGGUCUUUGGGGGAAGUUAUAAUAUGGUUAUAAUAAAAAGAUGCGAGUCGCGAC